AUGUCUGUAUGAAUCGGAUAUCUACCUAGGUAAAUAAGAGGAAUAGCCAGCUGGAGACUAGCCGCUUCAUCUCUAUUUGACAAAAAACUGCUGGUAUGGCUGAAAGGUCUUUAGAACAAGGGUCAGUCUCCAUCCCGAUGGAAGAGACUAAGCGGGCGGGAGGACCCACUUCGGAUGCAGCCAUGCUGACCCACCUUAAGAAAGUGGAGAACCACAUUAAAGAUGCACAAAGGUUCUCACACCUGCCUCAACGCUCGGCUGUAGACCUGGAGUUCACCGAGCUCUCCUACACCAUACAUGAAGGACCCUGCUGGAGGAGAAGAGGUUGCAAGGCACUUCUCAAGUGUUUAUCUGGGAAAUUUUGCAGCCAAGAGCUCAUCGGGAUCAUGGGACCUUCUGGAGCUGGAAAGUCUACCCUCAUGAAUAUUCUCGCUGGAUACAGGGAGACAGGCAUGGAGGGUCAGAUCCUGGUAAAUGGGCGACCUAGGGACCUCCGCACCUUCAGGAAAAUGUCCUGUUACAUCAUGCAGGAUGACAUGCUGUUGCCACACCUCACCACACGAGAGGCCAUGAUGGUUUCAGUCAACCUCAAGCUAAAUGACAGCAUGGAAAGGAAGAAGGAGCUGGUAAAGGAAAUCCUCACAGCUUUAGGCCUGCAGGAGUGCGCCCACACUCGUACUCACGCCCUCUCUGGAGGUCAGCGCAAACGACUUGCCAUUGCUCUUGAGCUGGUCAACAACCCACCAGUCAUGUUCUUUGAUGAGCCAACCAGUGGUCUGGAUAGCGCAUCCUGUUUCCAGGUGGUAUCCCUUAUGAAGUCUCUUGCUCAGGGAGGAAGAACCAUCAUCUGUACCAUUCACCAGCCCAGCGCUAAACUUUUUGAAAAGUUUGACCAGCUGUAUAUUCUGAGUGAGGGACAGUGCAUAUAUAAGGGUACAGUGCCAUACCUCAUCCCAUAUCUGAAGAACCUUGGCCUGCACUGCCCAACUUACCACAAUCCUGCAGAUUUCAUAAUCGAAGUGGCAUCAGGGGAGUAUGGUGAUUUGAAUCCAGUGCUGUUUGAGGCAGUGCAGGAUGGCUUGUGUUCAGACGAGGGCAAGAAGAACUCUAUUGAUAGGAAUGACCCCACGUCGUCCCGUCCCUCUAAGUGUUACAAUGAUUCAGGACACAUUGAGAAACACACGUUUGCUACCAGUACCCUCACACAGUUCUGCAUUCUCUUUAAAAGAACAUUCAUCACUAUAUGCAGAGACACGGUGUUAACCCAUUUGAGAGUGAUGUCACACUUGUGUAUUGGUGUUCUGAUUGGACUUCUGUAUCUAAAUAUCGGCAACGAUGCCAGCAAAGUAUUCAACAACACCGGUUUCCUCUUCUUCUCCAUGCUGUUCCUCAUGUUUGCUGCGCUUAUGCCCACCGUCCUCACAUUUCCUCUGGAGAUGUCAGUGUUUAUGAGAGAGCAUCUGAACUACUGGUACAGUUUAAAGGCGUACUACUUAGCCAAGACGAUGGCUGACAUUCCAUUUCAGAUCAUCUGUCCCAUCAUGUACUGUAGUAUAGUGUACUGGAUGACAGAACAACCUCCAGAAGUUGGCAGGUAUCUGCUCUUUAUGGCUCUGUCUACCUCCACUGCCCUGGUCGCCCAGUCUCUGGGUCUCCUUAUCGGAGCUGCUUCCACCUCCCUACAGGUGGCUACAUUUAUAGGUCCAGUCACAGCCAUUCCAGUCCUGCUUUUCUCUGGCUUCUUUGUCAACUUCGACACGAUCCCCAAAUACCUGCAGUGGAGCUCCUAUGUGUCUUAUGUCAGGUAUGGCUUUGAGGGUGUGAUCCUUUCAAUUUAUGGUAUGAAUCGAUCGGACUUGGAGUGCCCGGGCAUGGUGUGUAAGUUCCAGAAGCCCGAAGAGGUGCUGCAGCUGCUGGAUGUGGAGGAUGCAAAGCUCUACGUGGACUUCAUAGUUCUAGGGGUUUUCUUCCUGCUCCUCCGACUAGCCACUUACCUAGUGCUGCGAUACAAAGUGAAGUCCGAACGUUAGGGCUUGACAUCAGCUCAUGCGCACUAGUUUAUGUUACUGUAAUUCUUUUAGUUUGCACAUACAAAUCGAUAUGCAUUAAUUUAUGACAUGGAGGCAAACCUGUGCAAUAUAAACUGUCAAAUCAUAGAUCA